CCCCCCCCCCUCCCUUGCACCCCACUGUCAUUCACCCAGCCCUGUGUAGCAAACCCGGCUGGGCGGCUGGGCGGGGCAGCCAUAUGCCCUGCCUACUGGCUGCAGCCCUAGCGAGAAUGCAAUCCCUGCCUUUCCACACACAAAAACAUCCCCACACAUGCUGGUCUCCACAUGCCAGCCAGUCCUCCAGCCCUCCCUCCUCCUCCUCUCUCGUCUCUGUCCCUGACUUGCCCUGACUUCUUCGACAAGCCCAUGGAACAUUUCUGGAAAGACGUUCUUGAAGCAGCAGGGUGGCCCGAGCGCCGCUGAGCCCCGCGCGCCGCCGCCGCCGCCGCCGCCGCCGACCAUGACCAUGACCCUCCAGCCCAAGGCGUCCGGCAUGGCCCUGCUGCACCAGAUCCAAGGCUCCGAGCUGGAGCCGCUCGCCCGCCCGCAGCUCAAGCUGCCCCUCGAGCGGCCGCUGGGCGACGUGUACGUGGACGGGGCCAAGCCCGCCGCGGUGUACAACUACCCCGAGGGCGCCGCCUACGACUUCAACGCCGCCGCCGCGCCCGUCUACGGCCAGGCCGGCCUCGCUUACGGCCCCGGGUCCGAGGCGGCGGCGGCGGCGGCCGCGGCGGCCGCGGCGGCAUUCGGCGCCAACGGCCUGGGAGGCUUCCCCGCGCUCGGCGACGUGUCUCCUGGCCCCAUGGUGCUGCUGCACCAGCCGCCGCAGCUGUCGCCCUUCCUGCACCCGCCCGGCCAGCAGGUGCCCUAUUACCUGGAGAACGAGGCGAAUGGCUAUGCGGUGCGCGAGGCCGCCCCCCCAGCCUUCUACAGGCCAAGUUCAGAAAGCCGGCGUCAGGCAGGCCGUGAGAGACUGGCCAGCAGUGGGGACAAGGGAAGCCUCUCCAUGGAAUCAGCCAAGGAGACGCGUUAUUGUGCCGUGUGCAAUGACUACGCCUCGGGUUACCAUUACGGGGUCUGGUCCUGCGAGGGCUGUAAGGCCUUUUUCAAGAGAAGUAUCCAAGGACAUAAUGACUACAUGUGUCCGGCCACCAACCAGUGCACCAUUGAUAAGAACAGACGGAAGAGCUGCCAGGCCUGCCGGCUCCGCAAGUGCUAUGAAGUGGGCAUGAUGAAAGGCGGGAUCCGGAAAGACCGCAGAGGAGGUCGAAUGCUGAAGCACAAGCGUCAGAGAGACGAUGGAGAGGCCAGGAGUGAAUCAGGGCCCUCAGGAGACAUGAGGGCUACCACCCUGUGGCCGAGCCCUCUUGUGAUCAAGCACACGAAGAAGAACAGCCCGGCCUUGUCACUGACAGCUGAGCAGAUGGUCAGUGCCUUGCUGGAGGCUGAGCCCCCCUUCAUCUAUUCCGAGUACGACCCAACCAGACCUUUCAGUGAGGCUUCCAUGAUGGGUCUGCUGACCAACCUGGCAGACAGGGAGCUGGUGCACAUGAUCAACUGGGCCAAGCGGGUGCCAGGCUUUGUGGAUCUGAGUCUCCAUGACCAGGUCCACCUCCUGGAAUGUGCCUGGCUGGAGAUCCUGAUGAUUGGGCUCGUCUGGCGCUCCAUGGAACACCCAGGGAAGCUCUUUUUUGCCCCCAACCUGCUUCUGGACAGGAACCAGGGGAAAUGUGUAGAGGGCAUGGUGGAGAUUUUCGACAUGCUGCUGGCGACCUCGUCUCGAUUCCGUAUGAUGAACGUGCAGGGAGAGGAGUUUGUAUGCCUCAAGUCCAUUAUUUUGCUGAAUUCUGGCGUGUACACGUUUCUGUCCAGCACCCUCAAGUCUCUGGAGGAGAAGGACCACAUCCACCGAGUCCUGGACAAGAUCACUGACACCUUGAUCCACCUUAUGGCCAAAGCUGGUCUGACUCUGCAGCAGCAGCACCGCCGCCUGGCCCAGCUUCUCCUCAUCCUCUCCCACAUCAGACACAUGAGUAACAAAGGCAUGGAACACCUGUACAGCAUGAAGUGCAAGAACGUGGUCCCCCUCUACGACCUGCUUCUGGAGAUGUUGGAUGCCCACCGCCUGCAUGCCCCUGCCAACCGGGGGGCCGCUGCCACCAUGGAGGAGAUGAGCCAGGGCCCACUGGCCACCAAUGGCCAGGCGUCACAUUCUUUGCAAACCUACUACAUUACAGGAGAGGCAGAGAACUUCCCCACCAUCUGAGAGCCGCCCCCCCCACCCCGCCCCCCAAAACACCAGUUGACCCUGCUUUUCCUUCCCCAGCCCCCUCCCUCCCAAUGCCACCGCCACCAAAAUUCUUGGAGCCCUGCAGCCUCUUCCAUGCUCUACCCCUCCCAUCGGGCCCCCAACACUGUUGCAGAAUCUGGCGCCUGCAUGCACCACCACCACCACCACCACCACCAAGGGCAGUUCUCUUGCUUGCUCCAUUCUUAGGGGCGCGCCCCCUGUCAGGAAUAAUGGCACUUCAGGGCUCCAUUUCCUGGUACCUUGGCAGGCCUAUUCCCUUUGCAACAAAGUGACCAGGCUUGAGGAUUCCUGUCACUUGCUUCUCCUGACUCAACUCAGUUUCUCAGCCAGGGAUCAGAGGACUCUGCAUUUAAGUUAAGCUCCUUGGAGACUAGAGGAUUUCACCUCUGUGAAGCACUUUCCCCACCCCCCCUUUUUUAAUAGAUUGAAGAGAAAGUCGCAGGGAAGGAUCUGAAAAGUGGCUCCUGUCGUUGCUGACUGGAAGAAGGCUAGGUCAGGUGUUUCUGAAAUCACCUUCUUGUAUUCCUAUAAUCGUCUGUCAUUUAGUUCAGGCGAUGCCUUCACGCUUGGGCUCUGUUGCAUAGAGGGAACAGACUCUUCCGUGAUUGUCUACUCACCCCCUCCCCAUAGGAAUACAAAAUGUGCAUGUGCAUAAGACUUAAAUCAGCUUAAUCACUGCACCUUCAGAUUUUCUGCAAGUUCUACCAUUGACUUUUGAGAGCAUGGGGAAGUUAUGGGUUCUUGUUCCCGUGAACCUGUGCAAAACAGCAAAUUGGUCCCAAUUAAGUUUGCCUCUAAGAGAUUAAAAAAAAUCUCUCAUUCUAUUCUCUCUCUCUCUCUCUCUCUCCUUUCUUUUUCUUUCUUUCCCUUUAACUCUCAUCAUAGAAAAAGAAAGCCCUCACUUCCAGACUUGCUGUACUCAGCUUUUUGCUGGCAUAGCCUCACGUCUAUCAGCAGAGGGCGCUCUACUUGGAUCUUCCUGACGUGCAAUUUGUAUUGAAGGUGAAUUAAUCACCCGUAGGUCCCAGUCCUAGGCUUGAAGUAGGAGUUUGAAUGAGCUGGAACCUGGGUGACACUGUCAACUGUGGAACACUGGGCGAAACAGUAAAUGUAUAUGAUUAUUGUAGGUACUGGAGAACAAGAGCCUGGGGGUAGUUCUGGGGUUUUUGUUUUGUUUUGUUUUUUUAGCAACAGCUGCAUUCUUUUCUGGGCCCUAUGCCCUCUGUGCAUGGCCUGGGGACAUAGGAACACUCAGGCUAACUGGACUUGGGCAGGCUACACACGCCCUUGAUUGGUUGGGUAGAAUUUGCUUAUUCUCCCAAAUCAGGACAUUCAGCUUUAUAAACCAGGAGUUCAAGAGCCAAAACUGGGACUUAA